AAAUAAGUUUAAGUGUGAGUCAUCAGUGUCAGACACUGGCUGCAUGUAAGAUGGACGUGAUGUCUCUGCACAAACCUGUUGAGUACAGAGUGUAAUAGUGUACUCCUGCUCUGGUGUAGGAGUUAAUGAAUUCAGAUGAGCGUGUUGAUCAGUAACAGAAUAUUAAGACUUAGUCAUGAUGACUGGACAACACUGGCUACAUUUUCAUAGGGAAAGGUCUCCUCGCACUGUCCUCUGUCUGUCCUCUGUCAGGUCCUCAGAGCUGGAACAUGAGCACCUUUGUGACUCUUUCAACCGGGCAGCAGAUGCCCAUGGUCGGACUUGGCACAUGGAAGAGUUCUCCAGGACAGGUGAAGCAGUCAGUGCUGGCAGCGUUAGACUGUGGGUACAGACACAUCGACUGUGCUGCUGCUUACAGUAACGAACCGGAGGUCGGAGAAGCUCUGGCUCUGAGGCUCGGGCCUGGGAAGGCUCUGCGUCGUGACGACGUGUUUGUGACGUCCAAACUGUGGAACACUAAGCACGAUCCACGGGACAUUGAAGGAGCCUGCAGGACCAGUCUAGCCCACCUGGGUCUCUCCUACCUGGACCUUUACCUCAUGCACUGGCCCAUGGCUUUUCAGCCAGGGAAAGAGCUGAUGCCUCGCAGGGAAGACGGAAGCAUUUGCUACUCGGACACACACUACAGAGACACUUGGACGGCCAUGGAGACUUUAGUGGACAAAGGUCUGGUCAAGGCUAUAGGACUGUCUAACUUCAAUGCCAGGCAAAUGGACGACAUCAUCGGCGUGGCCAGACACAAACCUGUGGUCAACCAGGUGGAAUGUCAUCCUUAUUUGUCUCAAGUGGAUCUCGUCUCUCACUGCCGGUCAGUGGGAGUGUGUGUGACAGCCUACAGUCCUCUGGGCAGCGGGGACAGACCCUGGGCGUCUCCCGAUGAGCCAAGCCUGCUGGACGAUCCUCGACUGGGAGCCAUCGCCCACAAAUACCACAGAACGCCGGCUCAGGUCAUACUCAGGUGGCACGUUCAGAGGGGCGUUGUGUGUAUACCCAAGAGUGUGACGCCCUCCAGGAUCCAGCAGAACCUGCAGGUGUUUGACUUUUCCCUGACAGAUCAGGACAUGAAGCUGAUCGAGUCCUUCAACCGACACGAGCGCUUCAUCGUCCCGUCAGUUGAGCGGGAUGGUAAGAGAGUGUGGAGAGAUGCAGAGCAUCCCCAUUUCCCCUUCCAUGAUCCUUACUGAGGCAGAAACCAAGUCUUCAAAUUUAAAUAUACACAUUUUCUCGGUGAAUUAUUCACUAAAAUUGUGGUUUAAAAAACUAAAUUGAAAUGGAAUAAACAAUUUUCCAGAUGUA